AUGUGCGAUCUUGUGGUGACCGUACGCGAUUUUGCUUACCCAAAGACCCACCCCUAUCACAUCGGCAACUACCCACCCGAACCCGAGUAUGAGGAAUCCGACAUCGAAGAGGACGAAGAAGAAGAAGAGGAAUACGCCGAGGAAACCAUCGACUCAUCAAUACCAACAAGUGGUGAGCAGGACAAGACAGAAGGGUAUGCACGAGGACUAUACGACUUUGAUGCCGAAAACUCGAGCGAGUUGAGCUUCAAGGAAGGCGAGUUUGUGUGGAUCCAUUGCAGACAAUUCCCGGGCUGGUUCCUGGGCGAGAAGGAUGGUGCUCAAGGCCUGGUGCCUGAGAACUAUGUUCAGCUUGUCUGA